CUCUCAGGGAACAUCUGUCCACUUCUGUCCUCAGUUCUCAGCUCUCAGUCCUCCAGUCUGACAGAACUGGACCUGAGUAACAAUGACCUGCAGGAUUCUGGACUGAAGAAGCUGUGUCCCGGACUGGAGAGUCCACACUGCAAACUGGAGUCUCUCAGGCUGUCAGGCUGUGUGAUCUCAGAGGAAGGAAGUGCUUCUCUGGUCUCAGCUCUGACCUCCAACCCCUCCCACCUGAGAGAGCUGGACCUGAGCUACAACCAUCCAGGAGAGUCAGCAGGGCAGCUUCUGUCUAGACUGGAGGAUCCCCGCUGGAGGCUGGACACUCUCAGGGUGGAGCCUGCUGGACAACAAUGGAUGACACCAGCAGGUCUGAGCAAGUAUUCCUGUCAACUCACCAUCGACACAAACACAGUCAACAAGAACAUCAAACUGUCUGAUGACAACAGGAAGAUGACACAUGUGAAGGAGGAUCAGUCAUAUCCUGAUCAUCCAGACAGGUUUGAUGACUGGCCUCAGCUGCUGUGUAGAGAAGUUCUGACGGGUCGCUGUUACUGGGAGGUUGAGUGGAGCGGAUAUGUUUCUGUAUCAGUGAGUUACAGAAGAAUCAGCAGGAGAGGAAACUCUGGUGACUGUUUGUUUGGAGGAAACGAUCAUUCCUGGAAUCUGGACUGUUACCUAGCUGGUCGGUACCAUUUCUGUCACAAUAACAGAGAAACAACCAUCACCUCCUUUUCUCCAUCUUCAGGCUCUGCCAGAGUAGCAGUGUACGUGGACGUUCCUGCUGGAACUCUGUCCUUCUAUGAAGUCGUCUUUUUCAGACUGAUCCACCUCCACACCUUCAACACUACCUUCACUGAACCUCUCUGUGCUGGAUUUAGAGUCUGCUCCAGGGCUGGGUCCUGGUUGGGUUCCUCAGUGUCUCUGUGUCCAGUUUAUGCCCCUUUUGCACUAGUACCACCUCAGCUCGGUUCUACCCGUUUUGCGCUUUUGCAUUAGGGCUGAGACGGGUAGAGUCGCUCCAAGCCGAUACCUUUUUCUGUAACCAUUUCAGCGAGGUUAUUUAGCGGGCUGAGCAGGGACUAUUUCCGACGUCACCACCCUCCACGCCACCGAUUGGUCGGGGGGCGGGGCCGUUAUCACCCUCCACGCCUCUGAUUGGUCAGGGGGCGGGGCCGUCAUCACCCUCCACGCCUCUGAUUGGUCGGGGGCGGGGCCGUCAUCACCCUCCACGCCUCUGAUUGGUCGGGGGCGGGGCCGUCAAACGUUUGAAUCAGGAAGCGGGAGUCAGCGGAGUCGGCGAUUUUAUUAUGCAGCAAAAAGCUCUGUUUGGUGAUCUGGUUUCUCAGUGUCUCAAUGAUGAUGAUGAUGAUGAUGAUGAUGAUGAUGCUGAUGAAGAAGUAGAAGAAGGAAUUGAUCACUGUUUAUCUUUAGUUUUUUGGUUCAUUGUAUUUUUAUUUGAUCUUUUUCACAUUUAAACAUUAAAUCAUUU